AUGGAAAAAAAUAAUAAUAAUAAUAGUUUUAUAUAUUAUGCUCGUGAACAUUCAUUGUUACUGCCAGGCGGUGUUCAAGCUGGUCUACUACUAUUGAAACCGAUCAACGUACCAGAAGGAAAACCAUUUUACGGUAAUAGAAAAACUACUUUUACAUCGGGAGAUUCACAAGUAUCCGGUUUAAGAGUACAAAGGAACGUUCGAUACUAA